CGGUAACCCCUCUACUCAACUCUCCUUAUAAUACAACUCUGCCAGCUUCUCUUUCCAUUCUGUGCCUCUCGACUCAAUCCAAAUCUCAUAACCUUUCCAAUUAAGUUUCUUCCGAUCACUCCUUUUUUUUCUAUAUAUAAAUAUAAAUAUAUACCCAUACAAAAACUCUGCAUAUACAUAUAUAUCUAAGCUUAAUAUAUAUUUAUACAUAUAGUUACGCUCCCAUGGCGUUUCAGAGCUUUCUUCCUCAUCUACUCCUACUGAUUUCACUACUUCCUUGCUUUAUUUCUUCUUCUGGAGCUUACAAAUUCUACGUAGGAGGAAGAGAAGGUUGGGUUUCAAAACCUUCAGAGAAUUACAAAUACAAUCAGUGGGCUGAGAGAAACCGAUUUCAAGUCAAUGACACUAUUUAUUUUAAGUACACGAAAGGGUUGGACUCUGUUUUGGUGGUGAACAAAAACGAUUACGAAAAUUGCAACACCAAAAAUCCUAUUAUGAAAUAUGAAGAUGGAAAUUCUGAAUUCAAGUUUGAUCGUUCCGGUCCUUUCAACUUCAUCAGUGGGAAAAACUGUAACGAGGGACAGAAACUAAUCGUCGUCGUUUUGGCCAUAAGGCCAAAGCAAGGUAGUGCUCCUCAUCCGGCUCCCGGAGCACACUCUCCGGCAGCCUCUCCCCCAACUGGGUCAAGACCCAUCUCCCCUUUUCCUUCUCCAACGACAGCUCCGGUUUCCGCUCCGUCACCACUGUCACAGGCUCCAACUAGCUCUCCUACGCUAGCUCCUUCAUCGCCUUCGCCAACCUCCCAAGCUCCAACUGGUUCUCCUGUGCAAACUCCAACGACUUCGCCUUCGCCAACCUCCCAGGCUCCGACUGGUUCUCCUGUACAAACUCCAUCGACUUCGCCGUCUCCAGCUUCCGAUUCUCCAACUGGUUCUCCAGCCCCAUCAUCGAAUUCUCCCACCAACUCUCCGGCUGGAGCUCCGUCGCCAUUUUCACCUUCACCAACUUAUUCGGUGCCAUCUCCGUCACCAGCAUCAACAGUUCCGACCAGCUCUCCUGUGCCGUCUGCCGAUUCUCCAACAAACUCUCCGGCUGAAACUCCGUCAGUUUUGACACCAUCUCCGACAUCUCUCUCACCUGAGCAGCCGACUCCAACGCCAGCAGGGACAGGUUCUUCGCCAGGUUCUUCGCCGCCAACAUCUAGUGACCAGGUGUCUCCGCCGGGCAAGGCGAUCGCUGCGACGAUCCUUCCAUCGAGCUUGUUGGUGUCUUGGUUUACUGUUCUGGUCACCAUGGCUAUACUCCAUAAAUAUUAAUUAAUUAAAAUUUUUAUUUUAUUGAUAGGGUUUAUACAAUAAAGUCAUUUCGGAUUUUCUAUUUAAAUUAAUUUUUAUAAUGGACCUUAGGUUCGAUAUUAUUCGAAUUGAUUAUUUGGAUCCUGAAUUUCUUUCUAGGGAUUUUUUUUUAAUAUAUGUGAGGAGUUUUGGUAUGA